AUGCCGACGAAGAAGAAGGCCAGUGGCCGAAAGCGCGACAACGAGGCGGACCUCGCUGAGCUCGAAAGGCUCCGCAAACAAGUCGCUGAACAGAGCAAGGCACUGAAGGCCGAAGAGGCUCGCAAGGAGGAAGAAAGCCAGGGGAAGCGCCAGGUCAACAGCCGGCGCCAACGGACACUGGUUCGCUGGGAUGUGGAUACCGACAUUCGACUUCUGCUGGCCAUCCAGUAUGCCUGCAAUAAACUCGGCGUCAAGAUUCCCUGGAAGGAUGUUGCGGAAGCGAUGGGAGAAAAGUUCACAGAGGGUGCCAUAGUUCAGCAUCUGUCCAAGCUGCGUGCCAAGCGGGAUGAGCAGGAUAAGCCAAACCCACCUCCACUGAAGCGUGCAGCAAAUGGGUAUCACAAGAGCGACACAAAUAACAAGAAGGAAGCGUUGCCCUCUCCAAAAGAGGAGGCUGCGCCAAACACCCGCAACGCUAAGCGCCGUCGCCGUGAUCAGUCUGAUGAGGAAUCCGAAGACAGUGUGUACACCCUGAAGAAGAAGCAAUUUGCAAAGAACAAAAAGAAGGACAAGGUUUUCGUUGCUCCCAAGCUGCAUACAAAGCGUGAGGAUACCGACAGCAAUGACUCCCAGAAGCUGGUUUGUGUUGGAGCGGAAUGGCUGCGUGACUUCGCUGGCGGCGAUGAGCAUGAAGUUGAUGAGGAAUCGGACAGUUCCGAGGAGAGCUCAACUGAAAACAGCCAGGCAACUUCUCAGGCGGCUAAGAAGUCAAAGAUGGUGACACUCAAGGUAGCCAGCGAGCGAUUGGCAAGGGUUGACCAUGCCCUUGGCGACUCUGCAACUUUCCGAGACCCUGUUACCCCAACCAAGCCGCCGCGGGUUAUCACCAAUAUGCCACCCCGUCAUCCAUCCUAUUUUCCUUACAUGCAUCCUAAUUCUCUUGCAAAUUUCUCGCCUCUGCCACCUACUCCGUUUUCAAACAACUCUCGUGUUUCCAUUCCUUUCCCAUCCAAUGGUCCCAGCCCAUUCGACAUUGCCAAUCGGACUCCUAGAGGAACUCCCGACGCUGUGCUUGGUGUAACCUCCGGUGAUGGACCAAACCGUACAGAAGCAUAUGCGCAGUUUGAUAUUCCUGCCGAAUUGCAAUUCCACGACCAGUAUGGUGGUCAAGAUAUCCUGCCAUUGACAGGUUACCCAGAGACCAGCAGCUUUGACAACCAGUUCAUUGUCGACAAUGAACUGUUUGUGAGUCUCCCUGACGUUGAGCCUCCUCGCUAUUUGGGCUACGACGGUGAAGACGUCAAGGAAUUUUAA